CAAGGAACAUAAACUACAAGCAGAGCGGAAGCAAAUAGGUUUGGGUCGCUUGCUGUCAUUUCUCACAAUCGCCGUAAGCAGCAGGAAGGCAGCAACAUGAAUGGCAAUGAAUCCAUGGAUGGUUCUGCCGAGACUCAAGGUGGGGACAGUGUAGCACCAGAGGUGGAGCCAGUCCCUGAAGUAAUGGAAGGCGAUCCUUCAAAGCAAGAGGAACGUGGAAGCGAGGACCAACCCUUGGAUUCGAGUGCUCAGCGAGAUAGCGAAGAGUCUUCCGUCGAACCAGGGUCAUGCACCACCAAGAGUCGUUCGCAGGAAGAUGUUCGCGGCGAAGCCAAUGAUGCAGGCCCCAAAGCGUCAUCGGUACUUCUUCAAGAAAGAGGUAUUUCUGAAGCGCAGGAAGCGUCUUCCACUCCCCAAGUUUUGCCACAGCAAGAUGCACCAGACCGAGGCGUCAACACGGAUAUAGAGCCUUUGCCAUUGGCCAGGGGUCAAAAUUCAUCCUGGGUCCAGCCGUUGCCUGGGGCAUACUCGGUCCAAGGCAUGAACGAUUCCCACCAAACAAAUCCCACCACCACUGUGGAAGCUGACAUGACGACUCCCGAUAGUGGCCUGGGCGUGGUCGAGGGAGCUGUAUUGGUGGAUGAAGAGAACCCUGAAGUGCCAGUACGUCACAGCGAAAUGCAAGAACCACAUGAACUCAUUGAAGGAAGAAUCAUGGAAGAUAGGACACAGCCCCGGCGGCAUCUGGGUUGGGCGGUACUGCUAGGUUUGCUGGUUUGCGGCUUGGUGGUAGUCCUGAUACCCUUGCUUUUGCCAAAGGAUAACGGUAUGGCUACGGAUGAAACAACAGUCGGCGGCGGAGGAGUCGGCAACGCUUCUUCGCCAAAUGACACUAAAGUUUAUCCACCGUUCCAGGAUGGUUUAGCCAGAGCAGUAUCCAAGGCCAUCGAAGAAGAUGUGUCAAGCCCUUACUUCAAGGCAAAUAUUUGGAUGUGGCAGGAUCCUUACAGGGAUUCAUACACUGCAGAAAGACAGCGUCAAAGAUUUCAGAUGGUGGCAUUGUACCACUUCACUCAAGGUGAAAACUGGACCAGGAAUGACCACUGGCUAAGCUACGAGACUUCGGAAUGCGAAUGGUUUUCAUCAAGUGUAGUCGAGCCAGCCUGCAACGAAUUCAAUGUGCUUGAUACACUCAAUCUUUCCCACAACAAUUUGAAUGGGGACAUCUCGAAUUUGCAAGAUUUUGACAUUGAGGAUCUGCGCAUAAUCGACGUAGAAGACAACGAUCUGUUUGGAGCCCCCGCAGCCCUUGGGGGCAACAAGGGCUUGGAGGUCUUCAUUCUGUCAAACAAUAGAUUGGAGUCACAUACCAGAGGUUCUGGAUCUUGGGAGUCAUUUGGACUUCGAGUAAUCAAGACAGACAGAAAUAACUUUAUUGGAGGGAGCAGCAGUGGCUUGUUCUUCUACCUUGUCCCAGACCUUCAAGUGUUCAACAAUUCCGGGAACUCAUUUGUUGGACCUUUGGGAAGGGAAAUGGGUACCUGCAAGAACUUGACUCAUUACUCCUCCAAAUGUGACCAUGUGGGGACGAUUCCAUCGGAGAUUGGAAAGCUGACAAAGCUCCAAGAGUUUGAUAUUGAGGGGAAUCUCAGGAUGACAGGAACAAUACCUUCUGAAUCCGGCUUAUUGACACGCCUUACUUCAUUGGACAUUUCUGGAACUUCCAUUACAGGACUCAUUCCACAGCAGCUCUGUGACAGUGCCCUAAGGGGAGAUUUGCGCAUCAGGGCAAAUUGCAGUCUAGUCGAGUGUUGUAGCGCUGCUGCAGAUUGAUUUCCUCCCGGAACGCCGUUGCCCAGAUCAACACCAACUUCCUUGUGAAAAUGCUCCAGUUUCACGUCUCGUUUCCAUACUAAAAUGCCUGCUAAUUGGCAAACCAGGAAUUAGUUAGUCACUUUACUGCUCUGCUGGUGAUACCAUUGAAGACCACAUUCAUUUGAGCGCACGCCGCUAUUACUGGUCAGAUCAAGCGAGGUAGCAAUGGCCAGCCAAGAUCUUGUACAGCCGUACUAACAUACUUCGACGUGAUGGAUGAGGUGGGUAUCUUCCUUGGGUGACACCACAACCACACGCCCAUGAGGUCUAAAAUAAAGAUUUCACUAUCCGGGCUAACCUGUCCAAUCGGAGCCUCCGAAGGCGCCGUCACUAAACAUAAGGCGGGUGACGAACUUGCAACCGAUCUGAUUUCACUACCCGAGAUAUCCUGUAGCCUCUUGAGGUGUCGUCACUACACAUCAGGCGGGGUGACGAACUCAUAACCGAUACGAUUGCUUCAUCAAUUGCUCAUGGCGAACCUUCCUUCAAGGGAUGUUGCACAGGCUGCUCCAUGCAUGCAAGGAACCGCAGCUUGGAUGAAGCCACGGUACAUUAGUCGCGGCUACGCCAAGGUCGUGCAAGGGUGCAUUGGGACAUAACCAGAGCACGCGAUCGGAACUUAUAUUAGAAAGACGACUGUUUCGUUCGGUCGACCUACACCGCCUGGAUAGAAGAAUAAAAUGUGCCGACAGACAGGUCCAGUGUGAGUUCAUGGGAUAAGAAAAAAGCACCCUGGGUUAAAACAUCGAAUCAAUCAAAUCUUCGAAGACCUUGACACCCAUAGCACUCAUGGUUUGAAAACGACCAGCGGUAUUUUUGCAUGUCGGACUACGUUUUGCAGUCACGCCACACCCACUUUUCGAUUUCGUUGAAUGUGCAGGGCAACGCCUAUGAACUUCGGUGGUGGUUGUUGCUUUAUUGCAAAUCUUUCAACAGAAAACGGCAGACGAGACGAGACAAACCGAAACUCACCAUUUUGUUUCCAAUUGUCGUCGUUGUGUUGGUUCGUUCGUUCGUUCACGUCUUGUGGUGCUCAUAGCUGAGGAGAAUGAUCCCACAAAUGGUGAUACUGGCAGAUGCCAACCACUUGGCAAUGGUGGCCGCGCCCUUAAUCUCGUGAAAGUAUAGAAUGCCCCACAAUCCCGAUACUGCCGAAUUGUGCGUCGGAAACAUCAGACAUGACAUGAGUGCACAUCCACAAUCAUUCACACACAAGAUAGAUAAAUGACAACAUUACGUACCCAACAUUCCCGCUUGUACGACACUGUAUCCCACCCCUUCUCCCAAAUAAUAGACGGAUAAAAUGGAAAAGAAAUUUCCCGUGGACCACAACAAUCCCGAUGUUCCUCCGGCACACCACAUGAUUUUCCAGUGGAACGAUGGCAACGCACGAUACGCUUCUGUUAUCGACGCGUGACGAUGAUAAGUGGCAACCAAUCGGAGGAUCCACAGAAACGUAGUGACCACUGCGGCCCCAAUCCCAAACGAUAUUAAAUAGCCCGCUCCACUGGUCUUGUCGUCGUGACACCAUUUCAUGGGUGCCAUAAUGG